AUGACCACCACCGAGGGGAAGCCACGCCCGAUCCGGCGUGGUCGCGUCUACCUCUCCGAAGAGCAGCGCCUCUGCAUGAACGGCGAGCUGGUGCACACGACAAAAGGGCUGAAGCGCCGCUCGCAAGUUCGCCCCGCUGAUCUGCUGGAUGAUACCGUCUUCUCCGACACGACCAUGGCCGCUCGCAAAUCGCUCGGAGCCGUUUCAACCAAGUCUGCCGUUGAAGACAAGGAAAAUACCUUCGAAACGAGCGCCCUCGAUGCCGAUGAGAUUCGCCGAAUUCGACAGGAAAACGCGCGCCGCUGGGCAGAGGAAGAGCAAAAUCUCGGCGGCCCAUUCAACAUUUUCCGCGACAAGAUGCCGGUCGGGCCCGAGCGAAUCGCGAAGGACGAAUCUGGGUCCGAAUGGUCGUCGGACAACGAGACUGCAGCCGAGGAGGAUAUGAAAGAUGAGACGCCGAUCACCGACGGAGAACGGACGCCUCGUGCUCAGAAGCUCCCGGAUGAGGGCAUCGAGGUGACGCCGAUCGCGAAGGCUAGUCAACAACCGAGCCAAUCUACGCCAAAAAGCCACCGCCCACCCGAACUGCUCGACAUGGACUUUUCGAAGAUUGAGGCUGAUGGCAACUACAGCCGCUUCUACGUCUCCCAGACUUCGAUCGAUUUCCGGCGCAGCCGCGCAUCCGUUUCCAUCAGGGUCCGCUCGGAGCAGCAGGGGAUUGAGGAGGAGGAGCCUAUGGAGGUCGACACCACGGCCUACCAUCAAAAGUCGAUGGGACAGAAGCAGUUGCAGCAGGAGCAGGAAGAGGAGAAGGAGGAGGAGGUCGUUGAAGCUCCUGAAGAGAACAAGCCGUCGGUCGUCAUCUCGCAGCAGCCUCGUCUCACCAGCAACCCGCUGCGUCCAAGCUUCAACAUUCGCAAGACGCUCGACCCGAAGAUUCACAACAGGAAGACGUUCGCUCCGCCGGCCAUCGUGUUCCCGCCACCACGUGCUCUCGCCCAAAUCGAAACGCCUCUUUCUCCAUCGCCGAUUGCCAUUUCUCCCACGCCACUUCGCAAGCCCGUGACACCGGCCGUCCAAAAACAAGCCCAGCACCAUGGCGAGCCGAUGAGCCCGUCGAGCGGCUCGGACUCGGGCCUCCCGAAUGUGCGUCUACAAAACACGCCGGGCCGUGCACCGCGUCAAGAAGUGUUCGAGCGGCUGGCUACGCCGAAGCACCGCGUCUGCCAUCGUGAUCACGAGAGGACCAAUUCAGCCGAAAGCCCGGUCGUCGCCGUUCGCCAAUCAACGCCGAAGGCUAACAAAAAUGUUCGCAGCCUCUUCCACGCCGUGCUCCAAAAGACUGUCAAGCGAGCCAAGGCGCGACUCCCGGUCCCUGGACCGUCCGGCAUUGCUGAUGUUCCCCUACCUAAAGUCGUCAAAGCCGAGGUGAAACCUAUCGAGGCGUCCGUGCCGCUCGCCAAGGAUGAAGCGCGUUCCUCGACUUCCCGCCCCAGCACGUCAAGCUCGUCCGACGAGGUCAUCCAGCACACGAGGCGCUCCUCGUCAAUGGGAGCCGCCGGUCACCGAUCUUCGAUGGCCGGAGGUUUCGACGAUCUCGACGACAGCGAGGAGGACAAGCCGAUGUACGUGCCGCCACGCCGCGCAGCACGUGUCGAAGAUCUGGAUACAACUUCCGAGGAGCCAGGCACCCCAGACGCCAACGCCACCUACGUGCCGUGCUCGUUGACGGCCCGCCGCGCGCCCCGUCCCACCAAGCAGGCCCCGGAAACGCUCGUCGUUGUGCCGCCGAAAAUUGUUUACGCUGCGGAGGCUGAAGGAGCGACGGGGCGCCCGCGCCGGAACCGUGUACCCCCGCUGCGCCGCUGGCUGGGCGAAGAGGCCAUCUAUGAGGCGAGCCCGGGAGGGAAGAACCGCCAGCUCGUCGGCGUCAAGGAGGCGGUGAUCCGCCAAAAGGAUCUCGUCAAGAACAUGGCCGCCGACGCCGGCCAAGCCAUGGCCAACCGCGACCGGGCCCGCGUCCUCCGCAAGAACGCCGGCGCGCGACGUGCCCGCAUCGAGAGCGAUGAUGAAGAC